AUGGAAGCUGCCAGCAGUCUGACAUCCGAAGAUCAGUUUCUUUGCUCCGUCUGUCUGGAUGUGUUCACUCAUCCAGUCACCAUACCAUGUGGACACAACUUCUGCAAGAACUGCAUCACACAACACUGGGAAAUUAAUGAAAAAUACAAGUGUCCCAUAUGUACUGAACUCUUUCACAGUAGACCCGAACUGCGGGUUAAUACUCAACGAUGUAUCAACAAAGGAGAUGUUCCCUGUGACGUCUGCACUGAAACCAAACUGAAGGCUGUGAAGUCCUGCCUGGUGUGUCUGACCUCCUACUGUGAGACUCACCUGGAGCCUCAUCAGAGAAUUGCAGGACUGAAAAGACACAAGCUGAUUGAUCCUGUGAAGAACCUGGAAGACAGAAUGUGUAAGAAGCAUGAUCGACCUCUGGCACUGUUCUGCAAGACUGAUCAGAUGUGUGUGUGUCAGUUGUGUCUUGGGACAGAUCACAAGAAACAUAACUUAGCUCCUCUGAAAAAAGAAUAUGAACAAAAGAAAGAUAUGAUGGAGAGGAAUGCAACUAAAACUCAGCUGAUGAUCCAGGAGAGAAGACUGAAGAUUCAGCAUAUGAAGGAGUUAGUGAAGCUCAGCAAUGAAGAAGCAGACAGAGAGACAGCAGACAGUGUGCAGGUCUUCUCUGCUCUGAUCCAAUCUGUUGAGAGAAGUCUGGCUCAGCUCAUUGAGAUGAUUGAAGAGAACCAGAAAAGAACAGAGAAACAGGCUGAAGCCUUCAUCAAAGAACUGGAGGACGAAAUUUCUGAGUUGAUGAAGAGAAGUGCUGAAAUGGAGCAGCUCUCAAACUUUGAAGACCACCUCCAUUUCCUCCAAAGCUUCUCAUCCCUGAGCCCUGCUCCACUCACCAAAAACUGGACAAAGGUCAGAGUUCACUCAUCAUUUGAGGAGGCUGUGUCUCUGAGAAGAGCUGUAGCUCAGCUGGAGGAGACACUCAGUGAAGAGAUGAAGAAGGUGUGUGCUGAUGCUGAGCUGAAGAGGGUCCAACAGUUUGCAGUGGAUGUGACUCUUGAUCCUGAAACAGCACAUGCAGCUCUCAUCUUGUCAGAUGAUGGGAAACAAGUCACAUGUGGUGAUGUGAAGAAGAAUCUCACAGAUAAUCCAAAAAGAUUUUCUGCCAGUCCCUGUGUUUUAGGAAAGCAAAGUUUCUCUUCGGGCAGAUUUUACUAUGAAGUUCAGGUUAAAGAGAAGACUAAAUGGGAAUUAGGAGUGGCCAGAGAGUCAAUCAACAGGAAGGGGCAAAUUAGAGUGAGCCCAUCCACAGGCCUUUGGGUGAUAUGGCUGAAGAAAGGAAAUGCAUACAGAGCUCUUGGUGAGCCUCGUGUGUUUCUCUCUCUGAAAUCGAAGCCUCAGAAGGUGGGGGUGUUUGUGGAUUAUGAGAAGGGUCUAGUCUCCUUUUAUGAUGUAGAUUCUGCAACUCUUAUCUACUCCUUUACUGGCUGUAAGUUUACUGAGAAACUCUAUCCAUUCUUUGGUCCCUGUACUAAUGAUGGUGGUACAAAUUCAGCCACUUUGAUCAUCUCUCCUGUCAGUCACACUGAUUAG